AGAGUCCAGGUGAAGCAGGCUUGAGAAUGGAUUGAUGGGGAGGUGGGGAUGUCACAGGUCUGAUGGCAGAUCCGGGGAAAGGGAGCAGCCAGAAGGCUUGCAGGUUCUGCUCUUUGGUUGCUGAAGGGGGUCAGUGUGUGUAUGUGUCAUGGAGGUGGGCAGGGAAGGGGAGGGCUGUGCGUGGGGGAGAGGAUAUAUAUGCUGGUGUGGCUGAGACAGCGGAACCGAGCCUCACAUCCAUCGGAGGGAGCCGGGGACUGACAGCUCUCAGCACCUGCUUCCUGCUCCUGCACCAUGAAAGUCCUGGUUUGUGACCUGCUGCUGCUCAGCCUCUUCUCCAGUGUGUUCAGCAGUUGUCAGAGGGACUGUCUCACAUGCCAGGAGAAGCUCCGCCCAGCCCUGGACAGCUUCAACCUGGAGGUGUGCAUCCUCGAGUGUGAAGAGAAGGUCUUCCCCAGCCCCCUCUGGACUCCAUGCACCAAGGUCAUGGCCAGGAGCUCUUGGCAGCUCAGCCCUGCCGCCCCAGAGCAUGUGGCGGCUGCUCUCUACCAGCCGAGAGCUUCAGAGAUGCAGCAUCUGCGGCGAAUGCCCCGAGUCCGGAGCCUGUUCCAGGAGCAGGAGGAGCCCGAGCCUGGCAUGGAGGAGGCUGGUGAGAUGGAGCAGAAGCAGCUGCAGAAGAGAUUUGGGGGCUUCACCGGGGCCCGGAAGUCGGCCCGGAAGUUGGCCAAUCAGAAGCGGUUCAGUGAGUUUAUGAGGCAGUACUUGGUCCUGAGCAUGCAGUCCAGCCAGCGCCGGCGCACCCUGCACCAGAAUGGUAAUGUGUAGCCUGGAAGGGGCGUUCUUCCCAGCUGUACCGGCCACUGCAACCCAUGAGCGUCCAGGUGAUCCCCCAAACAGCAUGUGUCCAGCCCCAGACCUGCCGCCUGGGAAUCAGGAUUCCUUCUUCCCCAAGGCACUGAGCGCCUGUCUGCAGAUCUUGCAGGCUUCGUGGCCUCCAGAACCUCCCCGUCUGAUUGUUCCUCCCCAGCCCCUGGCAUGUUUCACCACAACCCUGUUGCUACAUCAGAGUGUAUUUUUGUAAUUCCUCUAGCUACCAUUUCAAUGGCCCCAUCUCUCCUGCUCACCUGCCUCUUCCCCCUUCUUGGGGCAGGUGAAAGGAACAGGAAAUUGAACCUGGGGUUUUGACUCACCACUGCCAUAACUUGUUUGUAAAAGAGCUGUUCUUUCCGACUGAUUGUUUUAAACAACGAUUUCUCCAUUAAACUUCUACUGAGCAAAUGGUUAAUAAA